GUAUACAUGCUAGAUCUGUGAUGGACUUAUUGAAUUUACAAUACCAGACCUACGUCAGUGGCGCGCGCUAGCCUUAACAGGCAAACUGAAAGAUCAUCAGUGUGAAGACCGUUGGCCUGCUCCUACAUAACACCUUCGUAAUCUACCCGACUUAUCCGUCCUCGAGCACGAACAACCCUCAUGAAGUGGCAGACCCCUCGCACAGUCCCCUUCACAUUCUCUCAGCCGCGCUUCGAUCACACGGGUACACUUCUCUCCCCAUCCGGCCCUCAUUUCACAUUCCACAACCAUGGCGACGAACACUCCAAGCUCUCAAACAAGCUCAAGAACUAUCCUCUCAGUAUCAUCCGUAUUGCAGACAAAGCCGUUUUCGCGGAGAUCAAUUGGGGCCACGAUCCAUCCGACACGACGGUGACGGGAUUGCAGCAUGGAGCAGCCCCUAUCACAAUUAACGGUGGGCUCCUAGACGCGAACUUGGGGUUUCAAUUCAACGAUGGUACUUCUGGACCACCACAUAUCCUCCGUUGGGUAUCCGCGGGCUGGAACAACAGUUUCCACCUUCAGGCUCUCUCCUCCCUCGACACAUCUGGCCUCAGUCUUGCACCUCCGGUCAUUGCGGUCUUCCGGCCGCGCUUCGUGACGGGAGUGAAUAGCGUGUUGGAGUUCCAUCGUGAGGCGCUCCGCACACCGUGGCUUGCGGAGUAUACGGUCGUCAGUUGUAUCUGGAUAGAGUAUGAUGCAUUGUUUGCGACGAAGGAUAAGAAUUAUGUGAAGAAAGGGGGUGGACGUACGUUGCAGCAAGGCCUCCACACCAUGGAUCAGGGAUUGGGGUUGAUUCAAAAUAUUCAGGCUGGGGAUGGGGGUGGAUCAGGAGGGGGUGGAGCAGACGGUGGAGGUGGAGGCGGAGGGGGCGGAGACGGGGGCGGAGGUGGUGGAGGUGGUGUAUGUUGAGAACCGAUGGCGUUUAGUAACGGUAUGUUUAAUUGCUGAGUAUUCGAAAUUAUUCAACGAUCUCAAAACAUGCUGCAGUAACAUCUAACACUUCAAUAACUGUUACAUAGAGUAGAUCGUCGUCAUAUUUACCGCAUACUACUCAAAGAUACUAAUUGUUAGAUCAGUAUCUGAGCAACUACAUGAGGUUUUAGAUUAUUUUAUUGAUUGUGUUCAUCUCAUUUACUUAAGUUUGUCUCUUGUCCUUCAAGCGUAACUACUUUGGAGCCGACACCUUUAACACUUAUGCGAAUGUUAAAAUACUUAUACCUCUAUCACCUUACCAAGUAAUAUAUCUUAUUUUUAUAUUACUGAGAGUUAGUGAAUGACUGGAAUGCUGUGACAGACACAUAUAGCAGCGGGGAUAUAAAAUGGGAUAUGUCUCAUUGCAGACUCAGUCAGUCAGUUAGUCAUUAAACAGUUUGCGAAUAAGGCAG